GAUAGCGUGUGAAACUAUAUAAGUCAUAUGGGGUUACGAAAAAAUUUUAGAUUAGCUCAGGCUAUUGCAAGAAUCCACUGCAAGUAUGUGGUAUCUAUCAAGAGUGUUAUUAGCUUGCCUAUUAGCUCUCACAACAUCUACUUAUGCUGAAAAGGAGCGGCUGACGCCGCCAGCCACGAGCUACGGUGUACCCGACUACAGACAAACUCGCUCCCUAGUCGGUGAUAGUGACUAUGAUCUAGUUGGCCUUUCAACAGAUCUCAGUGGCUUAUCGAGAGAUUUAAGUGGACUUGGCACCAGUUAUAGCCAUUCUGCAAGUGCUCUGGAUGACAGUCUCAGUGCACUUAGAACCAACAACGCCGAAGCUUACACGAAUGCGCUCAAUGGGUAUACCAAUUACGGUGGAGACCUUAACGGAUUACAGUCGGUACAACAAUUCCCAGUAUAUUCGCAAUUGCAACAGGUGCAGCAAGUUCCGGUGAUAUCGAGUUUACAAAGCGUACAGCAAGUGCCUGUAAUAUCUAGUGUGCAGCAGCCGGUUGUUGUACAACAGCCGGCGCUCGGUGUUGAAGGUCGUAGUUUGGGUGGUGCUGGCAUUGCGGCACUAGGCGGUGGCUUGGCGGGUGCUGGUAUCGGUGGUUUAGCAGGCGCUGGUACCGGCGUUGGUGGUGGUUUCAAGCGCUACCGCACCAGCAUACACAUUCGUUCGCGAGGCUUUGGCGGUGGCCUAGCAGGUUUUGGUGGUGUUGGUGGUCUCGGCGGUUUGGGUGGUUUCAAAGGCAUCGGCGGUGGUUUCGGAGGUGGUCAUUACAAAGCGCGCUAUGCGGAGAGUUCAAGCGGCGGUUUCGCUGGUGCUGGUAGUGUUGCUGGCGGUUUUCUAGGCUAAUUUAGAGAAUUCACUCACUAAUUUUAGAUUACUUGUGACUAAGUACUUAUUUUUUAAGUAGGUUUGUACAUACAUAUAUACAUAUAUAAAAUUAUAUAAACGUUUCCCGU